CUCCUUCCGACGAAGCUUCCCAUACACUAUUUCACCGAUCCGGUCAAAUCGGUUUCUUCUUGGAAAUCUUCUUUUCCAAAAAGGAAAGAAUUCGGAAAAUCUGCGCAGAAGGAAAGAGUUCAAUUUCUCUGGUCUUCUCCACCUAAAAGGAAAUGUUUGAAUUUGGAAGAUCUGAGCUCUAUAUUCCGUCUUCUCUACUCCUAAUUCCUUUACUUUGAUUGAUUUUGGAGAUCGGCAAAUCAGUUUGCCCAAUUCACACUAUUGCAGAUAUUCUUAGCCAUUUUCCCUAUUCAAGUGCAUCUACUCAUCCAGUCAUGCAAGGUCAUCAAAAUGAGAGAUGAAUUUUGGCAAAAGAUGUAAGAGUACGACGAAAAGAUACACAUCAACAAAAUAUGGAACACAAAGGUUCAAUCUAAAGUUUUAUUUAGCUUUCAUCAUUUUGCAUAAUAUGGAUGUCAUCCCAAUUAUGUUUCAUAGUAUUGACUAUGCCAGUGGUUUGUACUCAGAAAGGUCUGUUCCCUAAUAUGUGAGUAUAUCUUGAUCUAUUUAAAGUGUUGUUUGCUGUUUUUAUUAUUUUACUAUCGCAAUUUAUCACACACACUUUAAUUUUUGUGAAUUUACUAUUAUAAUUAACAUGACUCCUUUAUACAUCUAUUGUCCUAUGAACAUUUGCCUUUAUGUUGUACUUGCUGAUGGAUUGUGCACACUGUCUCUCCACGCUAAGCUCCCAACAAUGCAAUCAUAAGCUGUAAUUCAGAUCCAAUGCUUCGGAUACAAGGAUUCUAUUUUGGAUGUGUGGAAUUUGAGGAGGCAAUUGUUGUGCAAAAAGCUAUUGAGGUUGAUGAUAAACAAAAGAUAAUAUUUAUAUGGUCCUUUGUGUCUCACGGUGUAUCAUUCAUAUGGUCUUUACAUGAUUUAAUUGUUGAUUUUGUAGAAAUCAUGGAUGAUCGUGAGGUCGGUCAUCGCAACCUCAAGAUUAUAUGACAAAUCUUACCUCACUUAAGAGAAUGCAAGAGAAAGAGCCUAAUGUUGGAGAUGAAAGUGAAAUGGUCAACCAGAUGAAGACUCUUAAAGUUGAAAAAAUAUAGUUCUAAAAUUACUUUGUUUUUACUAUAAUUUUGAUUUUAUGAUUGAAUUUAAUUAUUAGACAAUAUAUGCUUUAUAAUUUUAUUGAUAGAUAAGUUAUGUGUUAUACUUAAUUAAACAUGCUUGAUGGGU